AAAAAAAAAAAGUCAUACUCACCGCAAGAACAUUGGAAGCGUCGCGUCGUAUGUUUAAAAGAUAAAAGUAUUAGUCCACUCACGAACUCGGCGGUACGCAGUAAACAUGGCCCCGGAAAUUAAAUACACCAAGUUGUUCAUUGACAACGAAUGGGUUGAUGCGAAAGAUGGCGAAACAUUUGAUACAUUCAGUCCACACGACGGAUCAGUCAUCGCUAAAGUAGCCAAAGGAAAAAAGGCUGAUAUUGACGCCGCAGUGGCAGCGGCGAAGCGUGCGUUCCAACGUAACUCAGAAUGGCGGUUGGCGGAUGCCUCGCAGCGCGGAAAACUACUUUACAAGUUCGCAGAUCUUAUUGAACGCGACUUCGAAUAUCUCGCGAAACUCGAGUCAUAUGACAAUGGCAUGGUUUAUAAAAAUUGCCUUAGAAUACUUUCAGGAAUUCCUGACAGUGUAAGAUACCUAGGCAGUCUGGCGGACAAAAUCCAAGGCGAUACAAUACCAACUGAUGGCGAUUCAUUCAGUUACACAUUGAAACAGCCCGUUGGAGUGUGCGGUCUCAUUUUACCCUGGAAUGUUCCCAUCCUGAUGUUUCUGAACAAAGUCGUGACUGCCUUAGCAGCAGGAUGUACAGUGGUAGUGAAGCCGGCAGAACAAACACCAUUAACUGCUUUGGCAUUGGCCGCACUGUUGAAAGAAGCUGGCAUACCUAAGGGUGUAGUCAACAUCGUGCCAGGAUUCGGAGAAGAUGCAGGAGUGGCGCUCACACAUCACCCUGAUGUUGCCAAAAUUUCCUUUACAGGAUCUUUGGAGGUAGGCAAACUGAUCCAAAAGGCAGCUGGAACAAACAAUUUGAAGCGUGUCACUCUCGAACUCGGAGGCAAGAGUCCACUAAUCAUAAUGAAUGACGCCGAUUUAAAUUUAGCCAUCCCUUAUGCUGGCAGCGGUGUAUUUUUCCACCAAGGACAAAUUUGCGUGGCUGCUUCCCGCUUGUACGUCCAGUCGGGUAUUUACGACAAAUUCGUGAAGGGGGCCGUUGAAUAUGCAAAAGCUAUCCGGGUCGGCAAUCCUUUUGACGAAUCAACUGUAAACGGACCACAGAUUGACGAGUCUAUGAUGAAUAAAGUUUUGGGCUUAAUAGAGACCGGAAAAAAAGAAGGAGCGAACCUACUGGCAGGUGGAGAACGUAUUGGUACCGCCGGAUAUUAUAUCCAGCCUACUGUGUUUGCAAAUGUUAAUGAUGAUAUGACUAUUGCUAAGGAAGAGAUUUUCGGUCCAGUCCAGAGCAUUCUAAAGUUCGAUACAUUGGAAGAAGUGAUCGAUCGCGCCAAUAAUACAAAUUACGGUCUUGCAGCUGGAAUCUUCACUACAAACCUUAACAACGCAUUGCAGUUUAGUAAGCAUGUCGAGGCCGGAACAGUUUGGGUGAAUAACUACCUGACAAUGGCACAUCAAGCACCUUUUGGAGGAUUCAAGGAUUCAGGAUUAGGCCGUGAAAAUGGUAGCAAAGCAGUUGAAGCAUAUUUGGAAGAGAAGACUGUCAUAAUUUCUCUCCCUAAAAAGCUUUGAAGGUGCCACUAAAAAUGUUUUAAUCAAUUAAAUGCUCAAUUCACAAUAGCCAAAUAAUAAUAUCCUAACUUAAAUGCACCGGAUAAUAUUAGAAUGACAAAUAAUUCAUUUUUGCGUGGUUCCAAUGAAGCUUCCCUUUGCCGCGUGAUAGUUUUUGCCUUUUAAUAUUACAAUGUAAAAAGUACCUUAUUGUUGUAUGCGUAUAAAAAAGAGUUUCAAUUUUUAGAUCAUUUAAAAUGUUAAAGUGUUCAAAAAAUAAUAAUUAAAUA